GUGAGCACAUUAGUGGUUUGGUUUAUUUUGUUUAACGUCCUAUUAACAGCCAGGGUCAUUUUAGGAGGUGUCAAGCAUACUAGACACAGCAGUCGACGGUUGAAGACAAAUCGAUAUGGAGUGUCCGGACCAAGACGGUCACGUGUGUCAGGACGGUCACGUGUACCAGGACCAUCACGUGUAUCAGGACGAUCACGUGUCUCAGGGCGAUCACGUGUGUCAGGACGGUUACGUGUGUCAGGACGGUCACGUGUACCAGGACCAUCACGUGUAUCAGGACCAUCACGUAUGUCAGGACGAUCACGUGGGUCAGGACGAUCACGUGGGUCAGGACGAUCACGUGUGUCAGGUCGAUCACGUGGGUCAGGACGAUCACGUGGGUCAGGACGAUCACGUGGGUCAAGACGAUCACAUUUGCAGAAAACGGGACCACCGACAACAUGUACAGACACAUAAGCCGAAAUUACGGAUGCUGCCGUGUGUCGACGUUACAGUUGAUAAAGCUUCUGGUCUCCACAACGGCAUGUUCGACAUAUUUGAUGUGCCUGAUUCAUAUGUGGAGUUAUGUCUCCCUCAGACAAUAGAGAAACAAUACACGACAAAUGUAAGAUAUGAUGACAGAAACCCUGUAUUUAACGAGACGAAAACAUUCACAAUGAAGAAAGGCAUCGACAACCCAGUAAUAGAUAUCAUGGUUAAAGAGAAAAACUGGGUUCUUGAUGGUGUUCACGGACAGUACACUGGCAAUCUCCAAGAGACACCGAAAGUCAUCAAGCUCUAUAAGAAUGCAGAACUGAGACUUCACACAAAUGUUUAUCUGCAUCGCUCAGACCUUCGUCAAGGUCCGGAACUUUGUCAGGGAGAAAAUGAUUUCCGACGAGCGAGGCGUCCAUUCGUAGUCAAAGCCUUGGAGAAACUGCUCGGUCAUCCUUUACCUACGUCGGAGUCGGAUCGGGUGCCCACAAUAGCGGUGCUUGGGUCUGGAGGUGGGUUUCGGGCUAUGAUGGCGAUGAGUGGGGUCUACAAAGCGCUGGUGGACACAGGAUUACUGGACUGUGUGACCUACACUGCCGGUCUGUCUGGGACAUGCUGGUACCUAUCUACACUGUGUUCUCACCCCGACUGGCCCGAUGUUCACCCCUCCGUGAUUGAAGAUGAGUUGCGAGGAUGUGUAGGCAAGUCAGUGUGGGAGACGAUCAUGAGCCUGAAGACGUUCUUAAAGAGCUAUAAAGAGAAACAGAACCAAGGCAAACCCUGGACAUUCACCGACCUGUUCGGCCACUGGAUAGGACAGACGCUUAUCCCUGAUAGAAUGUACAGUAAGUGGAGUGACCAGCAGGUUAAGGUCCGUGACGGACGAUGUCCACUUCCGCUAUUGUCCUGCGUCCAUGCCAAGGUCGAUACACCCGUCAAACAGUUCCAUGAAUGGCUUGAAAUUUCUCCGUUUGAAGUCCAUUUGCCGAAAUAUGCCACGUCCUCGAAGAUGGAGGAUUUUGGUAGCGAGUUCUAUAAAGGAAAGAUGACGGCCGAGAAAGAAGAAUUACCACUUCACUUUUUGAUGGGUAUAUGUGGCAGUGCCUUUACAGCUCUCCAUAAAAGUUUCUCAGAAAUGGAAGCUAAGUCAAAAAAACUUUCCCGAUCAACACGCGGAAGUUUGGACGAUAUGAACAAUACGGACACAAUGGAUGAAGACUUGUGUGUUUGGAUUGAUAUUGUCAAGGGAAUCCUCAAAAGUUGUGGAAUAAAUUACCUGGACGAUCGAACUGGCCGAGCAGCCAAAGUCAACAACUUCAUGCACCAGUUGACACUAGAUGAAGUGGAAGAGGAAGUGGACGAGGAUGAUCGACCCCCUGAUUCGCCUGACAGCGUGUUCACCUGUGCCCGUCAACCGAUGUCCACGGACGACAAAUACAUGUGUCUCAUAGAUGCGGGGCUGGCCUUCAAUUCACCUUACCCUCUAAUCCUUAGAGCAGAUCGCCAGGUCGACCUCGUCCUCUCAUUCGAGUUCAGUGAUCGGGGAAAAGACGACAACCCACCGUUCAAGGACCUGUUAUUGGCCAGGCAGUGGGCUGAUGUUCACAAGGUCCCCUUCCCGCCAAUCAACAUAGAACAGUACAAGAGCGAACCCGUAAAGGAGUUGUAUGUAUUCCAAAACGAGGCUGACUUAACCUGUCCCAUCAUUCUUCACUUCGUCCUCGUCAAUAACAAAUUUCGUCACCAGUAUAAAACAGAUUCUACACAAACAGAAGAGGAUCGUGAAUUUGCUGACUUCUCUGUGUUCGAUGACGAUAUAUAUGACAGUAUCAACUUUGAAUAUACCGAAACCCAAUUCCUUCGUAUUUCAAAACUGAUGGAGUUCAAUGUUCAUCACAGCCUGGACACUGUCAAAGAAUACAUCCUGGAGGCUGUAGAGCGACGCCAGCAUUGUGUCUCUUCGCCACAAUAAUAUCCAAAGUUAUCCAAGAACAGUGGUCGUCUCCCUUGAGGAAUCCGACUAGGUGCAUUGGUUUAAACAGAUUUUAUACCAAUGUUAUAGUGGUUGUUCAGCAUUCCAUUCCAGAUUCACAGUAAACUGAGUUUUCUAUUAAUUAUUUCCUCUUUUUUUUUCGAUGACAAUCCAUGUCACAAAGUUAAAACGUAGGUCAGAGGACACUCUGGUUACAAUCAUAUUCGUGUGAGUAAGUCAUCAACAGUCAAUUAAACUGCUAAAACGGUGGACAAGAAUGUUCUGUUGAUCCACAGUCAGUGUCUGUCACUUUUACCGUAACAUUCAGACGACACUACGGGUCGUAUGUGAGGGGGUCACUCUUGAAACAUUGAUGAAAUACCCAGUAUGAUUUUUCCAUACAUCAUAACGUGUACUUGUGCCUGCAAUCAACAAUGAUUUUGUCACUCCUGUAUAUCUGUGCACGUGCGUUGUCUUUCUUGUUUCAUCUGUUGUUAUGAUUUAGCUUAUUUAUUGAUUUCAUGAUUUUGUAAUGUAUUGUGUAACAUACACUACAAAAUCCCAUUCGUUUGUAUACGUUCACUUGGUGUUGAUACAUCAUUUAGAAAUAACAUUAAUGUGAAUAUGCAUUGGUAUAUAUCUGAACCAGUGUAUGGUAUGAAAGUAUAUAACUGUUCCAGGAUAUCAUUACUAUUCAUCGAUGAUCAUAAAUCGUGUCGGAUGUUUUAUUUUUAUUUAUGGUAUAUGAUCAUGUAGAAACCCUGUGUUAACCGAAUGACCUGCCACAAAAUAUGUGGAUUUUUACUGAAGUUGAAGUGAAAUAAAACAAACCGUCUGUAUUUAAAAUGUGACGUCAUAAAGGCACUCCAAGUCAAUGAGUUUUCCGCGGAUUUCCAGGAAAUAAAAUAUUAAAUGGACCUAGCUCACAGGUUCUAGUUCCCCUAUUUUGUUGUAAACCCUCUUUGAAGGAGGAAACAGUCACAACAAUUUCAAAUAGGGAAGAAAGGAAAAUCAGCUGUGUAGAAAGGAAGUCGGUGAAAUUCCCCGAGGAAGGUGCGAUUCACCGAAAGCUUGUUAGAAGAGUGGAUGCGUUAACAUAUCAAAUAAUUUCAUAUUAAGACGAUAAUUGAAUAAAAGCCUGUUAUUUAUGCUA